UACAGGAGAUUCCACAACAGGUGAAACUGCACAGACAGGUAAACCAACACCUUACCCAGGGACUCUCUUCAGUUCCUGCAGUUGUUGUCUCGGCUUCACUUGUUACCUGCCAAACAUGCCUUAUGUGUUCAGCUCGGUGAGUGGGGGAUCCCAAAAAAAGAAGGCAGUGAAAGACCGAGGGACCAUCGGGGUGAAGGCGAGAAAGGCCACCUACCAGGAGCUGAAAAAUCUGUGCUUAACUCAGGGGGUUUUAUACGAGGAUCCAGAAUUCCCAGCGGAUGAAUCUUCCCUGUUUUACAGCGAGAAGCCGGCGGUUAGUUUUGAGUGGAAACGGCCGAAAGAGAUUUCGAGGAACCCAGAGUUUGUUAUUGAUGGAGCAUCAAGGACUGAUAUCUGCCAAGGAGAUCUGGGAGAUUGCUGGUUUCUUGCUGCUGUUGCUUCACUGACUCUUAAUCAGAAAAUAAUGUGCCAAGUUGUUCCUCUGGAUCAGUCCUUUGACCGCAAUUAUGCUGGAAUCUUUCACUUUCGGUUUUGGCAAUAUAACGAGUGGGUGGAUGUAAUAAUUGAUGACCGUUUGCCAACCUUUAGAAACCGUCUGGUGUUUUUACACUCUGCCAGUAAUGAUGAGUUCUGGAGUGCCUUGCUGGAAAAGGCCUAUGCUAAGCUAUAUGGCAGCUAUGAAUCACUGAAAGGGGGAAGCACAUUAGAGGCCAUGGAAGACUUUACAGGUGGCAUGGGAGAGACAUUCAAUUUGAAAGAGGCACCCCCAAAUCUGUAUUCCCUCCUUCAAAAGGCACUGAAACGAGGCAGCAUGUUGGGAUGUUCCAUUGAUAUUACAAGUGCAGCUGAAACUGAAGCUCGCACCACCACAGGACUUGUCAAAGGACAUGCAUAUUCUGUUACUGGUUUGGAGGAGGUGAACUCCAGAGGUCGACGAGUGCAACUCAUUCGUGUCAGAAAUCCCUGGGGUCAAGUGGAAUGGAACGGCCCCUGGAGUGACAACUCUCCUGAAUGGAAGACAGUGGAUGCAAGUGAUUAUCGGAGGCUGAACAAUAUUGCCAAAGAUGAUGGCGAGUUUUGGAUGUCAUUUGAUGAUUUUAAGAGGCAUUAUGAUAAAGUAGAAGUCUGUAAUCUUACCCCAGACUCCCUGGAUGACGAUUCUUUUCACAAAUGGGAAGUGACUGUUUUUGAAGGGACUUGGAUCAAAGGUUGUACAGCUGGAGGCUGCAGAAAUUUCCAAGACACUUUCUGGGUCAAUCCACAAUAUAAAGUAAAGCUACUAGAAGCUGAUGAAGAGCAAGAUGAUGGAAAAGAUGAAUGCACAAUGAUGGUUGCUCUCAUGCAAAAAAAUAGACGCAAACUACGGAAAGAAGGAGCUGAUUUGCUGACCAUUGGAUUCGCCAUUUAUGAGGCUGAAGGUGGCAUUGACCAUCUGCCGAAAGAGUUCUUCCGAUUUCAUGCUUCAAAAGCAAAGAGUAAGACGUACAUUAACAUACGGGAGAACUCUGAAAGGUUUAAACUUCCACCAGGAGACUAUGUUAUUGUACCUACCACUUUUCAACCAGAAGAAGAGGCCGAUUUUCUCAUUCGACUUUUUACAGAGAAGAAAACAAAGAGCCUCGAAUUGGGGGAUAAAAUUGGUGCCGAUCUACCAGAGCCUCCCAAACCAACAGUUAACCCCCAGGAAGAAAAUCAAGAGGAAAAGCAGUUCCGCUCAAUGUUUGAACAGAUCUCAGGGAAGGAUCUGGUGAUCAAUGCUUAUGAACUACAGGACAUUUUAAAUACUAUCUUUGCUAAAAGAAAGGAAGUAGCGAUGGAAAGUUUUGACAUUGAGACUUGUCGCAGUAUUGUGUCUCUCUAUAAUAAAGACAAUGCUGAAGGACUUGGGUUUGAUGAAUUCAAGAUCUUCUGGAGCCGAAUGAAGCUGUGGACGCGUGCUUUCCUGAGCUGUGACCAUGACAAAUCAGGGACCAUAUCAGCUCACGAACUCCGGACUGCUGUAAAGAACAUAGGGUUUCAGGUCAACAAUCAGUUACUGCAGCUUAUGGUCAUCCGAUACUCAGAUGCGUACCUUCAAAUUGAUUUUGAUAACUUCCUCCGUUGCAUGGUUCGAUUGGAGACUGCAUUCAGGUCAUUCAAAGCAUGUGACACCCGACAGACUGGUGAGGUGACACUGAAUUUAAUGCAGUGGCUCUACAUGACAAUGAAUAUUUGAAGAUGGAACUUGAGAUCAUCAGACUUCAGUGCUUUUCACCAAAUGAUCUUAAUUUCAGCAUUUACGGGGAUACAAUAUGUAACAGAAUGAGGUCUUAUUUCUUUGAACUGUUCAGUUUGUUUUACUGUACUUUGGUAUAUCUGCUUGUCCUUGUGGAGGUGUUUUGAAGACUAUUCCUGGUUACUGACAAUUUUGCUUUAGGGAUAUUAUCUGCUUUGUUAUUCCUCUGUUCUGAGACCACUGUUUGUAAAUAUUUCACAUAUUAUAUGUUCUGAGAGUACAACAGUCCUUAGCACAACAGUGUCCCAUUCCCCAAGGGAAGAGGAAAAAAAACAUCAUAUCCAAUCCCUUGAUACCUAAACUCUCAUUUUUUACAUCAAAUCUUCUCUUGAAGCCCAUCUGUCUAGUAUGUUAAUUGUUUUAUCUUGAUCUUUUUUGUAUUUUCAUCAAAACCCAUCCCUCAUGAUAAUUAAUCUCCCAUCAAACUUCAAGCCUCUGGUGUAUGAACUCUCCUCCAGAACCCUAAUCCUCUGUUUGAAGUCAGCUCUUUUGAGGUUGAGGCCACUUCCAGGGCUAGUGGUUUAGGUAGAAUCUGCCAUAUUGUAUUGGUUAGUAACAGAGGAAAAGUGAAUGAAAGGAAAUGAGCACCGUUCAAUAAAUAAGAUAGGACAGCUUGUCUGGACAGUAAAUGCUGAUGCAGACUAUUCUGGACCAAAUGAUGGGUUUCUGUAUGGUAACUUCUGUAAUUCUAGAUAAAGAGUAUCCCAUUCAGGGUACAACCCUUUUGUGCUCUAUUCUCCCACUGAAAUCUAUCCAUAUUGCACCUUAACUCACCAACUGAAGACUGCUCUACAAGCAUUUUAACUCACACAUUAAAGUUCAUCCCUCAAGUACAUUAAUUCAUGGACCAUGAUAUCUGAUUACAAGUUUGAUGAAUCCAACCUUUUGCCUUACUUAGUAUUUUCAUUUUGGUUAACAGCAUAGAUCAUUCUAUCAUUAAUUGUUUACCCAUGAAUAACCAAGAUUAUGUGGUUGAAAGGUUAAGGAAAGAAACCAUGCAAUAUUGUUUUUCAAGGGAAGCUAGAUAAAUAUGUGCAGAAGUAAGGAAUAUCCGUGUUGGGUAUCAAGACACCUGAACCUGAGUAAUUUUAUAUAACUGUGUAAUUUCUGGGGGAUUUUUAAUUCAAAGAAUUUAUCAUCAGUGGCAAAUAUGGUUUUCUGUGCUGAGAAUCAGUUUAGGAACAUGUUUCCAGAUACAUCAGAUAGUAUUGAUAUUGUACAAUGUCUUAUAACAUACACCAGUCGUACUUUUUGGUUUCUGUUCAAUUGACCUGGGAUUUUGUGAAGGUACAAUGUAGGUCUCUCCAAGUCCUGCAACAUUUCCUGAAUUCAAUGGUGCAUAAUCUACUGAUUUACUGCCAGUUUAUACUGUUACAGAAACUCUCAGAAUGAAAUGAACAGGACUUCAAGAAUGACAGUAUUGUUUUUAAAAUGAUGAAAAUUGAUUCCCUCUCCCCUCCAUUUUAUGCUGCUGGAGAGGAAUUUUCCAUUAGAAGAACCAAGAUUUGCCUUUAAGCCAUUUCAUACAAAACGGCAAUCAACAACACAGAAACAGCAAGAUCCAGACUCAAAGAGAAAUAAUGAAAAUACUCUUCAUAUUAGAAACAAUAGUGAGGAGAUUUGAAGAAUAGGAACAUAAAAAGAAAAUGUAGCAAUGUUACAGCAUAGUUAAGAGGCAUUUUGAUUUUAUAUGUUAAUUCGUAAUCCAAAUAUAGCAAUUUCUUUCUGCUCCCCUCCCACCUCACUCAAUAUAUUCCAAAUUUAAUGCAAUCUAAUUUAAUCACUGGGUGUUGCUUCUUUAUCACAGACAGAGUAGGAUCUGCCAAGAAUGUACCAGUGUGUGCUAAUACUGAUCUGGACUAUCUCAGAAUGUGCCAAACCUGUACCAGUUUAUGCCAGUAUUAACUUAGACAGUGCCAGUACAGUUUCAGUACUGUUUCGGAAGUUGCUAAUACUUGAGACAGUAAGGACUGCAGAUAUGGAAGCCAGAGUCAAUAAAUAUGAAGCUGGAAAAGCACAGUAGGUCAGACAACAUCUGAGGGACAGGAAAGUCAAUGUUUUGGGCCAAAACCUUUGCUCCAGUGUAUGCCAAUACUGAUCCAGACGGAACAGUGCUAACCAUUUGCUUUGCCAGUGAUGUCUCAGUCUGUACAGAGGGAAUGGUCGCUCUGAAACACAGAUAGGAGUGGGGAGGAAAUAUAUGCCUGGUGAUGGGGUCUGUUUGCAGGUGGCGGAAAUGGUGGAGGAUGAUGUUAUGUAUCUGGAGGUUAUGAUUUGAAGAUGCCGGUGUUGGACUGAGGUGUACAAAGUUAAAAAUCAGGUGGUUAACCACCUGAUGAAGGAGCAGCUCUCCAAAAGCUAGUGCUUCCAAAUAAAUCUGUUGGACUAUAGCCUGAUGUUGUGUGUGACUUUUAAAUUUAUCCAGAGCUUGGGGAGGUCGCAGGUGUGUCAGUCCUGUUCCAGUCUCUGCCAAUCCACAGACUGUAAGUGUUGGCCAAAUGUCAGCAGGGUCCCACACCGUGCAAGCGCUGUCCUAGUUGUGUAUCACUGCUAUCCUGUACUGUUCCAGUGUGCACCAGUGCUGAGUCAAUACUGCACAAUACUUUGAGACUCGUGGUGUGCCAGCAACAAUUUGAGAACAAAAUUAAUGGUUUUUAUUUUAAAAAUUUACAACAGCGUACAACCUAAUCUAACCUCAUUGUCUGAAUUCUGCAGAAGAGUUCCCUUUCCUCAUUUAUUUUCUAUAUAGUGUUUGUUUCAUUCUUUUGCUACAAGCUGUUGCUGAAUCUACAGUCAAAUCCAUCAAAACCUUAACAACCAUUCAAAGAUGUGAAAGUAAUUCAAUGUCAUUUUUAUCCUCUGGUUUGGACUCUGGCCUGCAUUUUAUAUUGUUUAAAGCAAAUUUCUACUGAAGGGUUGAGAUCAUGGAAAUAAAGUCGCUAUCUAGUCA